GGCAAAGAUCCGCUCUCUGCCAACUAAUGGGGGGUAAUUUGCAUUGCCCGCUUUACUGAUGUAAGAUGUCGUCAGGCGAACCCGUUGCCACUGAGAGUAUUCUCAAACAAUAUGGGAUCACGAUUAUAGAAGAUGUAUAUUCUCCAGCGAAGACUAAGCACAUCCUUGAUGGCGAGAAAAUCGUCGAAAUUCCUGAUUCGGUACAAUAUGUGCGAGAGACCCUUCUGGACAUUGAUGUCACAAUCCCAAAUACUUUCAAGUCUUUUUUCGAUGAGGAGCUGCAAAUACUCCGUACGAAUAAUGGGGAUACUUUGGAGAUUCAAGACGUUGUUCCACCCUGGUCGGCAUACAUCUCGCUUCUAGAAAAUCCAGUAUCGACCAAGAAGAUAGAUAUCGAAGCGGCGGAGCAGUCUGUUGAGCGAAUCGCACAAGUUGCUCGAAAGGCACGACGACUAGUCGCAGAGAGUGCUUCUCAGGAAAAAUGGAAUUCCUUUUUGAAAACACACAUUUUUCAAAGCUUUGGGGAUUCUAAUUCCGUAAAUAGCAAACAUAGCGAGCUUUUUGAUUCAUGGUAUCUGUACUAGGGAAAGCAAUAUUGAGUGGAAAAAUGUAUCAAAGUCAUUUUUCCAUUAUAACCUCCCUCUAGGAACUCCAAAACCAAGUUUUACGUACGGAUUUCCAGUGCAUGAAUACGGUGACAAUCAACAGUAUAAUGGGCUUCUCCGUCAUGGAAUAGUAGCGAACUUCUCCUUUGAAGUCCUGAGGCACUUGAGCAUAUUUGACUAUCUUUUCGUAUGCCCUGCCUUUAAGUACACUGAUUUGAUUUUCAAAAAAGAACAAGCGCUAGUUA